GACUAUCGACUACCAAGUAAAAGAUACCAGAAUGUCAAUCCCUAGCGUUUCACGUGCAGAAAUUAUCCAAUGGAUUAACGGCGUUUUAGACGCUAAUUAUACAAAAGUUGAACAAUGUGGUACUGGUGCUAUUUAUUGCCAGCUUUUAGAUUCAAUCUACCAAAAUGUGCCACUUUCUAGAGUAAAGUUUAAUGCUCGUCAGGAAUACGAAUACAUCAACAACUUCAAAAUCCUUCAAACUGCUUUCAGAACAAACAAAAGAAGCAAACCAAUCCCAGUCACUGCACUCGUAAAAUGCAAAAUGCAAGACAACCUCGAAUUCUGCCAAUGGUUUAAGAAGUUUUGGGAUGAGCACUUCCCAGGUGGUGAAUAUGACGCGGCUGGAAGGAGAGCAGGUGCACCAGGUGCUGCCGCUACAACGGCCCCAUCAACCGGUUCAGCCCCAAGAACUUCUUCCUCUGCUGGUACACGGCGACCAGCCAAGCUCAGCGGUGGGGGUGCACCAUCCGCUGCCGCAGAAGCCCAAAUUGAAGCACUUGGUACACAAAUGAAUGACCUCAAGCUUAACUUUGAUUCACUUGAAAAGGAGCGUGACUUUUAUUUCGCAAAGCUUCGUGACAUUGAAAUCUUAGUCCAAACUCAUCUUGAUAACCCAGAAACUCUUGAUACUCCAGCCAGCGAAGCCUUCCAACAGAUUCAGCAAAUCUUAUACUCAACAGAAGAGGGCUUUGAAGUCCCAGAAGGUGAAGAAGAAGAAGAGACAUUUUAAGCUAUGUCGGAUAAUCGGUAAUUAUACAAUAAGAAAAUGUCAAACGCAUGAAAUAAUAUCUAAUCACUUAAAUAUUCUCUCCUAUUUACAGGUUCGAAAUUGUUAAAAUAUACAUACUUCAAAAAUGAAAAGAUUAAAUGAAUUUGCUCAUUAUACAAAUGUAGAAGUAGAAUUUGUGAAUAACUCGUAAAAGUUGAAUGCAAGACAGAAUAUCAUAACAGAUGCUCCGUAAAAUAUGAGGAGUCUACUACCAACUCUAAGCCAUUUACGACUUGGUUCGUCGUCAUUAAGUGUUAAUGCACGAUAGAAUAAACCAGGUAGGAUGAAUGAAAUAAUAGUUGAUCCGGUGCUGCCUACGAAAGCUAACACUUUAUCCAAUUGCGUAACGACCAUUGAAACUGCCCAAGUCAAUAAUAAAAUUGAUAUAGUUAAAAUUGUAUGUUUGGUUUUCGAUGGUGGAUGUUUUAUUAUUUCGUCAUCUUCACUAUCCUCAUCUUGUGAAGCUAAUGCUUUCUCCUUUUCAGAUUUCGUUCUUAUCACUUUAUCGAGUGAGUUACGACAUGGAUGUACUUGUAAUGGGUAUGAGGAUAGAACGAGGAUUACUAUCGCUAGUCUUCCGAAUGAAAUGAAUAUUGAUGUGUCUGGAUACAUUGACAUUACGUUGCUGUUGACGUUAUCUCCGAAUGUAACAUAACCUAAAACACCGAUGAUCUCAUAUAAUCCUGAUGCAACACCUAUUGAGCUUCCAAUCACGGUUGUUGUUCUCGAGCGAGUAUUCGAGCGCAACUCAUUCUUGACGGGGAAGAAAUUUUGUGCGCAUGUAAAUGCAAAUACCAAAACUGGGAACUUGGAUAUUGCACUUGCAUCAAAUCUACCUAGACUAACAUUACCAGCUGGUGGAAGCGGUAUUGGUGAAUGUACUGCGCAUAAUACCACUAUAAGGAGUAGAUAUCCAGCACUGAAGAUAGAGACAUAUGACGUGUGCCUGAGUGAGUUGAGUUGACGCAUGCUAGCUAAUGGAGAUAGCAAUAUCACGAAUACCGUUAUCCAGAAAUGCCUCGAUAGAAGCCAGCUAGGUGGGUCAACUUGUGAAGGUGUGAGGUGGUGAAAGAAAGAAGUGACUAGUGGCGGUACCAAUUGACCGAGAAUCAAAAGAUAAGAAAUGCUCACACCAAAGCAUUUCAACGCUAUUGCCAAAUCAAAGUACAUCGCUGCAGUUGGAUAGGUUAUCUUUGCUAUUGCGUUGAAGGAUGCAGAGCGUGGCGGUAGUUUAUCGCUGCAUAAAGACAGUAAAUAUAGUCCGAAUGAGGACAUGAAGGCACAGAAUAGAAUGAGAAUCAUUCCGGGUAUAAUGCCAGUAGACGAGAGUACAUCAGGCAUAGCUAGCAUUCCUGUACCAAUGAUAGUAUUAGCUAAAUUAGCGACGCAGCUGCCAAUAGAGGCUGAACCUUCGGACUCUUUCGACUGCUUAUCUGAGGGCAAAAGGGGCUCAGAAGUCGAACUAUCGUUAUCUUCAAUAUCUCUAUUGAUAAUUUGAAUAUUAGCUCUACUCGUUCGUCUGAGAUGCUGGGACGACGACAUGAUGA